UUAGGGUUCUUCUCUGUUCUGAAUGGCGCGGUAGGCGAGCAGAAAUGCCGGCGUCGCUUCAUCCCCCAUCGGCCGAUUUCCAGUUUCAAAUGCAGGCGUGCCAUCGAUCCGGCGCGCUAUGCAUGCUCCAUGCGAACAAAUCGGCAUGGAGAGUUUCUUUCCGCAAAGAAUGGGGCAGGGGACGAUCUACAAGCAGCACGAAGAAGAGAUUGCGCGUUGCUCGGUGCGCCGCCAUGAGCGCUAUCCAAGAAUUCCAGCAGGAUUUCGGGGUGGUGGGAGCGGUGGUGGCUGGAGCUUAUCUCUGGGUCCAAGGCUUCGAGCUACUCACUAGAUUCAAUGUCCUAGACCAGAAGCUUUCUCGCAAGCUCGUCCAUAUGACAACGGGUCCACUCUUCAUGCUUUCGUGGCCCCUCUUCAGCUCUUCGUCGGCGUCCCGCUACAUUUGUUCGCUAGUUCCACUGGCCAACGCUGUGCGUCUUCUAAUCCUCGGCCUCGGUUUGAGAACAAACGAAGGGGUGGUGAAGUCGAUGAGUAGAGAUGGCGAUGCCAAAGAGCUUUUACGAGGUCCUUUAUACUAUGUAGCGGUGCUCUUCAUAAGCACAGUGUGCUUCUGGCGUGACUCUCCCGUUGGAAUGAUAGCUCUGUCUGUGAUGUGUGGCGGUGACGGGAUUGCUGACAUAAUAGGCAGGAAGUUCGGGCGUGAAAAGCUUCCAUACAAUGAGAAAAAAAGCUGGGCCGGAAGCACAGCAAUGUUCGUCUGUGGAACAGCGCUCUCUUUCGCGUCGAUCUAUUACUUCACGUAUCUGGGCUUUUAUGCCUUGGAUCCGCUCGAUACUCUAGCUCGUGUCACAUUCAUCUCGCUAGCAGCAACACUUGUGGAAUCGCUGCCAAUCACGUCGUCUUUGGAUGACAAUCUCAUGGUCCCAACGACGGUCAUGCUGCUCGGCUCGAUCUUAUUCUGAACGAAAUUUUGAUGUUAAGCUUCCAUGCAACUAGGCCACUCCUGGCCGUCAAGUCCACUGUCGGACCACUACGAAAGUGAAAACAAGUAAAUGAUAGCUGCGACCGUGCAUGUCAUGGGGCCCAGGAACACCAGAAAGUUAUUAGCCAUCUUCAUGCUGUCCCUGUUUCUUCAACCUACAAACCUUCAGCUGAAAGAAAUAUCAAGGACGGUAUGGUCAUUAAUGGGACCACAGACUUUGAUGAAAAAUACAUUCAUGAAAAGCCUUGAUUCAUGGA